AUGAAAAUUCUUGGCAAACAGGAGAGGAACUCAAUAACUAGAACCUUCUCUCGCUCAUGUACCUUUACAUCUGCUUUGGCAGAUAUGUUAGUAAGUCUUUCUAAUGCAUGGGAGACUACAGUGAUCCAUCUUCUGGCUAACAGGAGCCUAGUUGUAGAAGAACACUUUACCCGUCAGAUUGAUAACAAGUUCGACUCUCUCAUCUGCAUUUCUGUGGUGGCCUCCAUGUGCAAUCUUCUAGCCAUUGCCACAGAUCGCUACAUCUCCAUAUUUUAUGCACUCUGCUACUAUGGUAUCAUGACUGUCAAGCAAGCGUGCAUGAUUUACAUCUGGAGCUUCUGCAUUGGGAUUCAUGUCUUCAUUAUUUACUCUGACACAACACUAGUGGUGGUUUGUCUGGUGACUAUGUUUUUGGCCAUACUGUUCUUAAUGGCAUCUCUCUACAGCCACAUGUUCCUGCUAGCUCUAUCUCAUAUGAGACACAUAGCAACGUUGCCUGGUUCCAAUGCCUCUAUCCAGCAUCGGGCCAGCUUAAAAGAAGCUCUCACUCUUACCAUCCUUUUAGGCAUUUUCAUUGUGUGUUGGCUGCCCUUCUUUCUCCACCUCAUCCUUAUUAUCUCCUGUCCAAAGAUUCCUUAUUGCAUCUGUUUCAUGGCCCACUUCAACAUGUACCUGAUUCUUAUCAUGUGCAACUCAGUGAUCGAUCCUCUAAUAUAUGCUUUGAGGAGCCAGGACAUAAGGAAGACCUUUAAGGAGAUCAUCUGCUGUUACAACCUGCCUGGAGCUUCUUUACUAAAUAUUUAA